UCGUUGCAAAUCAUUAGGUUAAUUCGUUAAUUUUCCCGGGUUCGAGAAUCUCGCCGCCGACAAGUAAACCCGGAAGUUACAUCCCACCACCGGUGUGUGUGAUGGAGAAAGGCGAAGCGAAGAGCAAGAAAGCUGGAGGGCCUCCUCCUCGUCUCUGCUGCAUCUGUAACGAGAGACGACCCGUCCUCAAAAGACCCAAAACUCUUCAGCAGAUAUGCAGAGAGUGUUUUUACGAGGUGUUCGAGGAGGAGAUUCACCAAGCCAUCGUCGAGAACCGGUUGUUCAAAUCCGGAGAGCGUGUUGCUAUUGGUGCCUCCGGUGGAAAAGAUUCAACGGUGCUGGCUUAUGUAUUAUCAGAGCUAAACAGACGUCAUAGUUACGGUCUGGACCUUUUUCUUCUCUCCAUUGAUGAAGGCAUUACUGGUUACCGUGAUGAUUCUCUCGAGACCGUUAAAAGAAACGAACUCCAAUAUGGGUUGCCUCUACAGAUUCUUUCAUACAAAGAUCUGUAUGGAUGGACGAUGGACGAUAUUGUGAAGAUGAUUGGUCUGAAGAACAAUUGCACCUUUUGUGGUGUAUUCCGCCGCCAGGCGCUUGAUCGUGGAGCUGCAUUACUGAAAGUAGAUAAGCUAGUCACUGGACAUAACGCAGAUGAUAUAGCCGAAACAGUUCUCUUAAACAUACUCCGAGGGGAUAUCGCUAGAUUGAGUAGGUGCACAUCGAUCACUACAGGUGAAGAUGGUCCAAUUCCAAGAUGUAAACCUUUCAAAUAUACAUACGAGAAGGAGAUUGUUAUGUAUGCUUAUUUCAAGAAGCUGGACUACUUCUCAACCGAAUGCAUAUACUCUCCUAAUGCUUAUCGUGGUUUUGCCCGUGAGUUCAUCAAAGACUUGGAAAGACUAAGGCCAAGAGCUAUUCUGGAUAUCAUCAAAUCCGGUGAAGACUUUAGAAUUGCGACAACCACGAAAAUGCCUGAGCAAGGGACGUGUGAGCGAUGCGGUUACAUUUCUAGCCAGAAAUGGUGCAAAGCUUGUGUGUUGUUGGAUGGAUUGAACCGUGGUUUGCCUAAGAUGGGCAUUGGAAGAGCCCGAGGAGGUGUCAAUGGUGGUGGUGAUCAUAAGAAGGAAACAAAGGCUGGAUCUACUGUGAAAUCUCUAGAGAGCAAGCAAUGUGGAUCUCUGGAUUUCUAAAAUCAAUAGAGAAAUGGUCUAAAAAAUGCAGAAACUGGUUCUGUAUAGAAGAAACAGUUUAAACACAUCAUUGUUGUAGGAAGAAAUGCCCUGUAUGGUUUUAGAAAUUUCUGCAGCUGGUUUAGUAAACCGACUGGUUGAGUGAUUCUCGAACCAGCAGUGUUACUACAUUAGUAAGCCAGCUGCUCAACUUGACUAAAUUGGUUCCAGCCUGGUUUUGUGGAGUAAUAGUUGACAAUCAUGCAUUAAAUA